AUGACCCGAGUGGUGACGACGACCUGCGAACGACCCGGAAGGAAAACGUCUCACGAAACUCUUAAAUUCGCUGAAACGCGAGUGGAGUCUGUGAUCGACCCUGAAGUAGCGCUGAAAGCUUGCCAGGAAGUUCUGCUCAAGGUCAAACUGCAGAACAGGGAAGUGCCUGAACAGCAACAACUUGACAAUAAACAGGACGAUCCGCAACAACAACAACAACAACAACAACAACACUACCCUGAAGUAGAGUGCUCCAGUCCACAGUGGCACAUCAGCCCGGACACCAGCUCCAUCAAAGAAGAAGAUGAGGAUGAGGAGGAGGGGAAGGAUGGAGAGAGACAAGGCGGUACUUCCCAACAGGACCGACGUCCUUCAGCGCGUCCCGAGUCGUCUUUACUGCCGUCGGCGGCGGCGGCGUCGUCAUCUAAACAGUCGUGGCUGCUGCGCCUGUUUGAGUCGAAGCUGUUCGACGUCUCCAUGGCGAUCUCCUACCUGUACAAGUCGAAGGAGCCGGGGGUGCAGGCGUACAUCGGGAACCGCCUCUUCAGCUUCCUCGACAGCGAGGUGGACUUCUACCUGCCGCAGCUGCUCAACAUGUACGUGCACAUGGACACCGAGGUGGGAGACGCCAUCAGACCGUACCUGAUCCACCGGUGCAGAGGAAGUAUAACCUUCUCUCUGCUGACUGCGUGGCUGUUGGGAGCUUACUCGUCUGACAUGCACAUCUCCACCCAGCGUCACUCCAGAGGCACCAAACUCAGAAAACUCAUCCUGUCCGACGAACUCAAACCUUCCGCGUCUCCAUCUGAGGCUCCCAGAGCGGUUUCAGCCUCCGACAGCCCGGCGUCCUCACCGUCCCACCGCCGCUGCCACCGGCGGCACAACAGCAGCAACAUGGACUCCUCGCCCUCUUUCUCCACUGCUGGCCCCGCCCCAGACAGCCCCGUACCGGGGGACGCCGAAGUGUUUGCCUCCCCGUCCAGGAGGACCCACCAGAGAUCCAAGUCAGACGCCACCGUGGCGAGCAGCGGACCCGGUUCUGGCCUCCGGAGGACGGGAAGUAACCCGAAAGUGGAAGCUGUCCAUGAGGAGGUAAGGACCAGAGGCUUUUAUUCUGUUGGGGUGACACCAGGAAGGGAAGGGUGGAGUAAUACAGUGACCGAGGACCUGCUGGCCUAUCAGGUCCUCCGACAGCUGCAGUCGAUCUGGACGCAGGAGCGAGUUCCUCUGUGGAUCAAACCCUAUAAGAUCCUGGUGAUGUCAUCAGACAGCGGUAUGAUCGAGCCCGUCCUCAACGCCGUCUCUCUGCACCAGGUGCGUAAACAGAGCCAGCUGUCUCUGCUCGACUACUUCCUGCAGGAACACGGCAGCUUCACCACCGAGGCGUUCCUCACCGCUCAGAGGAACUUCGUCCAGAGCUGCGCCGGGUACAGUCUCAUCUGUUACCUGCUGCAGGUCAAAGACAGACACAACGGGAACAUCCUGCUGGACUCUGAAGGUCACAUCAUCCACAUCGACUUCGGCUUCAUCCUGUCCAGCUCUCCUCGCAACCUCGGCUUCGAGACGUCCGCCUUCAAACUCACCUCAGAGUUCGUCGACGUGAUGGGCGGUCUGGACGGAGACAUGUUUAUCUACUAUAAGAUGUUGAUGCUUCAGGGUCUGAUAGCAGCCAGGAAGCACAUGGACAGAGUGCUGCAGAUAGUGGAGAUCAUGCAGCAAGGCUCCCACCUGCCGUGUUUCCAUGGCUCCAGCACCAUCCGCGGUCUGAAGGAGCGGUUCCACAUGUCUCUGACGGAGGAGCAGCUGCAGCUGUUGGUUGAGCAGCUGGUUGACGGAUCGAUGCGAUCAAUAACCACCAAACUGUACGACUCCUUCCAGUACGUCACCAACGGCAUCAUGUGACCGCCACCGCCACCGCUCUGAGGGAUCCUCGUCAACCUCCGCUCUGUUUUCAUCUCGUCCGUCUGAACUCGGGUCGGACUCUUUCUGAUCUGGGGAUCUGGCGUUCGCGGGCAGCUGGGACAGUACAGACUUUGGUUGAUCCUGAGACACGUUUAAAGACUUAUGGAUCCGUUCUGAAGGUAAACGAUUUGCUGAUAAACGUAUCGAGUCCUGAUUAGAAUUUUCAGACAAAAACAUUUAAAGAACAAAAAAAAAAA